UAUUCUGAUAUUAAACAAAAAUGUCUAUUCCAGCAUUAUCGGGAAAAGCUUAUUUUUUAAUUACUGGUGCUAGUCGAGGUAUUGGUAAACAAAUUGCAAUAUCGUUUGGUUCAUUACUUCAAGAAGGAUCAUACGUACUUUUAUUAGCAAGCAAUUUAAAUGCUUUAAAGGAUACAGCUGCACAAUUACCUUCAAAUUUAAAUGUUGAUUAUGCUAGUGUCGAUUUGGGAACUGCUACAAAAGAUGAUCUAAAAAAAGUUGUAAUGUCAUCGUUGAAAGGAACUGAUCCUAAAGAAUUCGAUAGAGUUAUUAUUGUGCACAAUGUUGGAACGUCUGGUGAUGUUUCUAAAUUUACCAAUGAAAUGAUGGAUAUAAAUGUAUGGAGAAAAUAUUUUGAUCUUAAUAUGUUCAUACCUAUUAUAUUAAAUGGAUUAAUGAUGGAGAUAUUUGAUAAAAAUAGUGAUACUAAAAAAUUAAUUAUUAAUAUUACUUCUUUACUCGCUCAAUUACCAUUUGCAUCAGCUGGAUAUUAUUGUACUGUAAAAGCAGCUAAAGAAAUGUUUUUCAAGGUGUUUGCAUUAGAAUAUCCUGAAGUGGACGUUUUAAAUUACUCACCUGGUCCCGUUCAAACUGAUAUGUUAGAUAAUUUUACUCAAAAUCUUGCUAACAAAGAAUUUAAAUCAAAUUUGAUUAGUAAUACAAUUUUAACAACUGAACAAACGGUUAAUCGUCUUAUAGAAGUAUUGAAAGAUCAUCAAUAUAAAUCUGGUGACCAUAUUGAUUAUUUUGAUGAAAAAAUUUAAAAAAAAUAAAUAAUCAUUGGAUACGCAUACAUAUAUAUAUAU